GCUUCUAGAGCUUUUUUAAAAAAUGGCUGAGAACCCCAAAAACGAUGUUGGAAUGUUACGAAGAAGAAGAUCAGAACCCGCAGUUCUCAUGCAGCAUAAUUUAAAUCGUUUAAAAUUUCACCGUUCAUCAAUUAAUUAUCCAUCUAAAAUUCAAGAAGAAGAUGAAGUAUCUAAAAACGCAGUACAAACAUCAUACAUCAAUCUUCAAAAUGGAAAACGAGUAGAAUAUUCUGGUGAUGUGAAAUAUACACCUCCACGUACAAGACGACUUUCACUAGAUUCACGUUUCAGUGAACCUGGCAAGAAGAAGCUGACGUUUGAACAAUGGUGUAAAAUGGGGCACGAAAGAUCAAAACGUGAAAAAAUGAAACAGGAAUCGGAUGAACAGAGGAAGUUUCUUGAGUUAACAACGAGAAGAAAUAGUAUUACUUUUGAAGAGUGGAAUAAAAAUGUUGAAAUGCGGAAAAAGAUCGAAGAAUUGAAAAUCGCGGAAAAAGAGAAGGAAGAUUUAGAAACCAAAGAAGCAGAAAGACUGAACAACAUGAAACGAAGAAUUUCUUUUACCGAAUGGUUAGGACAAAAAACUGAAAGACAGUCGAUAAAUUAUGACAACGACAAUAAAGAUGCAACGUCGGAGAGAAGAGUGCGGCGAUCCGGCCUUGACAGCAUAAAUAUUUUUGAUGGUUCUAACAUUACUCGUCAAAUGCGUCGAAAUUCAGAAACACCUUUACCAGUAUCAGUAUCCGUCGACGAGCAAGAAAUCAACAAAUUGCAAAAAUCGAAUGAUGCCUUCCAGAAAUGGAUGGUUAAAAAGGAACUUGAGGCUAUUAAAAAAGAACGUGAAGAAUUACUAAAAUCUCGUCAACUUUUUUCAGAAUAUUUGAAGCAAAAUUCUUCAGUCUGCUUUCCUUCACUGGUAUAAGAAUGUGCUUAUUUGGGAUCAUAGUUGUCAAACAUUACCGUUUUCAAGUGAAUUUUGUUUUGUUCCAUUUCGAAUGUCAAUGUAAUGUGCAAUUUGUCGUGAAUCUCAAGUUAUGUUGGAAUGUAGAUAGUUAAUUUUCAUCACCUUCACCUCCAAAACUUUUAAAUUAUAUAGUCUAUAAAAAUCGCGACCUCUCAAUAUAAAAAAAUGAGUGAAACUUAUGAAAUAUUUAAUGAUUUUUGUGCUUUAGG